UGGCAGAGAGGAGGAGAAACCUGCACGCGAAGAUGAUCUUGUUUGCAGUUGUUUCAGUGGUUCUGUGCAUCUUUGUGCCCUAUUCACACUGUGACUCAACCACUAUUGCGUGGUGUUAUCACAAACCAAGCUGCAAUGACUCCCAAUGGGCAGCCAUCGCCCCUUUGUACUGCAAUAAGACUCGCCAGUCACCCAUCGACAUCGUGUCGGCCUCCGCCACAGCUAACGCCAACCUGACUGAGUUCACGUUCGAGGGCUUCAGCAGCACCACCUCCAUGCUUUUAAUGCAGAACACGGGGAAGACAGUCAAAGUGACCCUGAACCCUGGUGUCAGGAUUUCGGGGGGUGACCUGUCUGAGACCUAUGACAGCCUACAGCUCCACCUGCACUGGGGAAAUGGAUCCUCUGUCCCUGGUUCUGAACACACUGUGGAUGGGAAGCGUUAUCCCAUGGAGCUGCACAUUGUGAACAGCAAGUCAUCUUUUAACAGGAACACAACUCUAGCUGUGGGCGACUCUAAAGGACUGGCUGCGCUUGGUUUCUUUAUUGAGGAAUUAAAUAACACAACUGGGCAGCCUGCUUCCUGGAAAAACUUAACCAACUAUUUAUCCAACAUCUCACUGGCUGGACAGUCUGUGUCACUGCAAGCUGGGAUUUCUCUUGACGAUCUUCUGGUUGGAGUGAAUCGCUCUAACUACUACCGCUACCUCGGCUCUUUGACCACCCCUUCCUGUAAUGAGGCGGUGGUUUGGACUGUCUUCAAGGAUACAGUUAAAGUCAGCAAAGAUCUGAUAAACCUCUUCAGCUCGACGCUGCAUGUGAAUGACAGCUCAUCAUCUCUGAUGGUUAACACUUUUAGAAGUAUCCAGCCAGCACAGCUGGUCUCAACUCAGCCCAAAGCCAGCAACAAGUCUUCCACCAAAAUGGGCUUCUCUCUAGUUCUGGUGGUCCUUGGCCUUGUUCUGCGAUGGAUUUAAACCAAGAAUUCGAGCUGGUUCAGAUUAAACAGUCACCCCGAAUGAUUAUUAAACCAGCUUGUAUCAAAUGGCUCAAAAAUAGAGACUUAAUGGCCUAAAACUAUAUUUUCCUGAUAUAGAGGCAUCAUGAGAUGUGAAAAAUGUGGAGUUUGAAGGCUACUUUUAACGUUGCUUGUCACUUUUCAAUUAAAUACAUGAACAUUUACUGACAAGAGCAAAACUUUAUCCAAA